AUGCCGGCGAAAAAGAAACCGUCCCGGGAACGAAAGUCGAAUUUAAAAUCCAGACGUGCACCUGGCCCUUACGCGCUCUUUGUGAGCUCAAUGCGGAAAAAUUAUAGUGGGUCAUUCACUCAGUUUUCCAAAUGUUGCGCAGCAACAUGGCGUCAGUUGUCUGAGUCGGAGAAAGAGAAAUUCCGUAAAAAGGCCAAGAAGCAACAGAAGAAACCGGGUCGUAAACAUGAACCGAAAAGUUUGGCGUUCCUUCGGUUUGUGAGCCGUACGUAUGAUUGCCUUCGGCGCAAACAUCCUGAGUGGCCAUCAAAGAAAAUUCGAGAACAGUUAAUGAAAAACUAUCAGAAAAUAAAGUGUAAAUGUGUUAAAAAGAAGUGA